CAUGGCUGUAUCAUUAACAUCAUUCGUGGCUUUGUUCUCCUGUUCAUGGAUCUUUGUUCUGUGUCAAGAGACACAGGAGCUGAAGGUGAAGGCUGGAGAGGACGCCACUCUUCAGUGUCAGAGUCACAGAGGUGCUGACAUAGAAGUGAUAAAGUGGAUCAGAUCUGACCCGAAGUCAGAUGGUUUUGUCUUCUACCUCAGCCCUGAUCAAAUAAACGGAGAGUACCAGAAUUCAUUGUUUCAGGGUCGAGUGGAGCUUCAAGAUCCAGAGAAGAAGAACGGAGACGCUUCUGUGAUUCUGAAGAACGUCAACAUCAACGACACUGGAACAUAUGAGUGUUGGAUUGGAGUGAAAAACUCAGGACGCAGAAAAAGAGACGCACCUGAACCCAUCAGCAUCAUCAAGCUGACAGUGACAG